AUGGCGAACCGCAGCAAGCUCGUUGCCAUCGCCCUGCCGCUCGUGGCAGCAGCAGCCUCGCUCGCCGUCGUGCUCCUCGUCUACACCACGUACUCACCGGAAGACGGAUACCUCGGGCGCGUGGGUACGCCGUGGGGCGGUACCGUCACAGUCCUCCCAUUCAGCCCCACGGACGUGCUGCCCCUCCUGCCGCGGGGCGUCGCCAUGGCCGCGCUCCGGGCGCUCCGCGGCGUCUCAGACAUCUUCCCGGUGUUCGUCGGCGCCGCGACGGCCGGCGGGUCGGGCUCGGCGUCCAGCAGCGGGGGGACGGCGAAAUGGAAGGGGGCCUGCUUCUACGAGAACGAGGCGUGGUUAGUGUUCCACAACGAGAGCGGGUCCAAGUACGGCGGCGGCACACUCCAUAUCAAGGUACGAGUACGACCGCCUUUCCCCAAAUUUAGCCGGAUUUUGUAA